AGAUGGGGACUUCCUCAUAGUUCUGACUUUUAACCAGAGCACGCAGCAGCCAGCGCACUUCACUUGUACAAAACCCGACAAACAGCCCCAUACGAUGGACGAAGGAGCCUGGAAGAAGACUCUGCUCGCUCUGGUGCUCGUCUUCAGCAUGAAGACAGAAGCUUCGAUUUCCAACCACAUGAACGACUUCAUCCGAGCCGUGCAGUGGCUGGAGGACCGGGUUCAAGUGUCAGACCCGGUGACGGUUCUGCGGGCCCUGCGGCAGGCGGCCGCGCUCGACGACGUCUUCCUCCAACACUUCCUCGCCUCCCCCAAAUCUGACAGCUCGGAGAUGGUCGCCAGCGCCUCCCGUUACCUGAGGGAGGUGCUGCAUCACCAGGUGACGGAGGAUUCCCGAGAAGGAGGCGUGGUCCUGACGUCGGACGGCACCACCGUGGCCCUCAGGCCGGUGGUCUUGGGCCUGGAAGCCGGUCUGAGUACCGGGAACGUGAGUCAAGUUCACCAGCUCACGCUGGCAGGAGACCUGGGAAUGGCGAUCGAGGGAGAGGUUGACCUCCUGGGCGCUGACGGCUGCUGGGACGACCUGGACAGCCCUCGAGUCUUCACCCUCACCGACGACUCCCCCGCGCUGACCACUGCAGCCAUCAACGGAGGCAUGGACGGCUUCAUCCUGGGAUUGGAGGCGUCAAACCGACGUCCUCUGAAGCUCAGCAGCCUGCUCAAGUCCUACUACUGCCACCAGCUGGACGCCGACGGACUGGACGCUGCUCCUCUGCUCAUCAGCCGGCGGCGGCGUGAGAACUUCAGAACUUUGGCUCCGCCUCCAGUUGUGGUCAGGGAGGCGGUGAAGGCCGUGGAGCUGCAGAGGAAGCUGGGGGGACAUCCAGAGCUGGGGCUGAAGCAGAAGAGGCAGCUGCACUUCCUGAUGGAAAGAGGGGUGAAGGAGUUGGUUGUCAAGUUUGUUGACUGCCCGCCGAUGAUAUCGCGCUGCAUGUGGGGGGCUCGGCCCUACAAAGGAACCCCCACCAACCUGACGCUGCCCCUGCACUACCUGUACAUCCACCACACCGACUCACCCAGCAAACCCUGCCUGAGCUUCGAGCAGUGCUCGGCUGACAUGAGGUCCAUUCAGCGGUACCACCAGGACGAGAGGGGCUGGGCGGACAUCGGCUACAGCUUCCUGGCUGGCUCCGACGGCUACAUCUACGAAGGCCGGGGUUGGUUGUGGAGAGGAGCUCACACUCGACUGCACAACUCAGUGGGCUACGGCGUCGCCUUCAUUGGAAACUACACCGACGUGCUGCCCACCCAGAAUGCCAUGGGGCUGGUUCGAUACAAGCUGGCCUCCUGCGCCACGGGCUCCCGGCGACUGGUGGACAACUUCAUCCUGCAGGGCCACAGACAGGUGGUGGACACGGACUGUCCUGGAGACGCUCUCUUCAAUGAAAUCAAAAGCUGGGAGCAUUUCGGGGAGUAGAGCGUUGUCUCUGGGAACAGAUGACGGGGAGCCCUGCUCAAUCAUGCGCUUUCAUCCUGUAUUUUCAAAAUGAAGUUUGUGUUGACCUCCUCUUGUUCGUCAUGAAGCCAGAAGCAGCCAAAACUGUUUAUGUGUUGCCACAUCAGUCGAGGAAAUCAACUCUCUUGAACAUGAAACUGGAGGCUCAGGUGACCUCUGUCCACUCUCCCUGAACAUUUGGAAUGUGGUUGAGCCGCAGUGCAACUCUGUGACGUGUUCCAGCAGCAGCCAAAUCUCAGCCGACACAAUAGGUCUUGAUAUAACGCCACCCUUUCACCUCCAGCUGAACGAGUCAAACUUUUCUAUGCUUCCAAAUGGUUUUAAAUCUGUCUCCUUCAUAAAACACUUCUGA